AUGGGUGACUGGAGCACCUUGGCAAAGCUCCUCGAUAAAGUGCAGGUCUACUCGACGGCCGGUGGCAAGCUCUGGCUCUCGGUGCUCUUCAUCUUCCGCAUCCUGGUCCUGGGGACGGCCGUGGAGUCGGCGUGGGGCGACGAGCAGUCGGCCUUCAAGUGCAACACGCUGCAGCCCGGCUGCGAGAACGUCUGCUACGACAAGUCCUUCCCCAUCUCGCACGUGCGCUUCUGGGUCCUGCAGAUCAUCUUCGUCUCCGUGCCCACGCUCCUCUACCUCGGCCACGUGCUCUUCCUCAUGCACAAGGACGAGAAGAUGAAGAAGAAGGAGGAGAGGCUGAGGAGCGCCGAGCGCGAGGGGAGCAACGUCCACGCCCGACUACACAAGAUCUGGGCCAAGAAGUUCAAGUACGGACUGGAGGAGCCGGGCAAGAUCAAGAUGAGAGGAGCCCUGUUCUACACCUACGUCAUCAGCGUGGUGUUGAAAUCGGUCCUGGAGGUGGCGUUUCUUCUCAUCCAGUGGUACCUUUACGGGUUCCGCUUGUCCUCCGUUUACACGUGCGAGAGGUUCCCGUGCCCGCACAAGGUGGACUGCUUCCUGUCCCGUCCGACGGAGAAGACCGUCUUCAUCCUCUUCAUGCUGGUCGUGUCGCUUCUGUCGCUCGGGCUGAACGUCUUCGAGUUCUUCUACGCCAUCUUCAAGAGGAUAAAGGACAAGUUCAAGGAAGCCGGAGGGCACCUGGACAGCACCGGUGCAUUCACGCCGUGUCCCCGUGAGGAACUCUCCGGCUUCGGGUACCGCUGCUCGGCCCCGGUGUCCAACCUGGGCUACAACCUGGACUCGGCGGAUAAAUCCAACUCCUCCGAUAACUUCGACAAACAAGCUAACGAGCAGAACUGGACUAACUUCAGUACCGAGCAGAACCAGCUGGGUCAGGGCGGGUACUGUCCGGCGCAUGGGUUCGGCUAUUCGCCCAAACUGCCGCUGGGUAAAGAGCUCAUACUCCUCAAACAGCUCGAACCUCGGCCGCAGAGCCGCUCCAGCAGCCGCGCCCGGCCGGACGACCUGGACAUUUAGGAGUCUGAAUAUCA